AUGAGUUUCUUUAAGGCACAUUAUACGUACAACCCAAAUGGAGAUAAAUAUAAAUUCGAUCAAUUAUUAUUUGUGAGAGAUAGUGAAUUUUUGAGGUGUUAUUGUGCUGAAUUUGUAAAAGGAAAAAUGGCACCAGAAUGUAAUACAAAUGCACGACUUCUCGUAGAAUAUUUUAAUGUUCAUGGAAAAUUACUUGAUUUAAUGAAAGAAGUUGCAAAAAGAGAAAUAGAAACGACGAAUUCAGAAACACAAGUGUUUAGAGGAAAUACAUCAUUUACACGAUUAUAUGGAGAAUAUUGUCACCUUUGUUUAUUACCAUAUUUAAGAGCUGUAACAAAAGAAGUAAUUCAAUUAUUAAUUAAUGAAGAAACUAAACUUGAUCCAGAAGCAUUAAACAGUCCUGAACUUGAAAACCAUAAAGAAUCAAUGGAUACAUUUUGUAAAUUAGCUCAUAUGUUUGGAACAAAAUUAGUUGAUUGUGUUCAUUUAUUACCAUCUCAUUUUCAUCAAUUACUUCGUUUUAUUUCAGUAGAAGUUGGAAAUAAAAAAUCAGUAAAAUCAACACCACAAAAUACUUUUAACUUAUUAUUCUUUAUUAGAACUGUAUUUCCUGUAUUUCAUGCACCUCAACACGUUAUGGAUACUAUUCAACCUCCUUCACCUGAAAUGGCUAAAAGAUUAACUGCUUUUAGUAAGACAUGUCAAUCACUAUUAAACGAAACAACAACUUCAUCAUCUAUUCCUUUAGACAUUGCUAAUUUUAUGACUUCUUCUGCAUCAAAAUUAUUUGAAAUGUUUACUCAUCCUCGUUCUGGUUAUAUGACAGAAAAAAGUGGAUUAGAUUUUUCAUUACAAGCAAAUGCACAUAAAAAUAUAGUUGAAUUGGUUCGUUCAAAUAUUGAACCUUUAACUGCUUUAAUGACUAGAGAUGUUCAAGCUUUAAAAGAUGCUUUAAAAUCAGAAAAAAAUGAAGAUAGUGUUAUGACGGAAAUGCAACAGUCAUUGGAAUUUUGUAGUAACACAUACAGUGAACGUCUUCAAGCUGUUGAAGAUGAAAUUACUGAUUUAAAUGAUGAAAUAGAAAAAUAUAAGGCCCAACUAAAGGCUGUUCAAAAAGCUAUUGAAGAUGAAGACGAACUUACUGCCAAAUUACAAGAAGAAAUUAAUCGUCUUGAAAAUGAAUCUUCUAAAGCAAAUACCCCCACCGCCUCUCCUCGUUCAUCUACUAGAGACAGUAAUAGUGAUGCUGCUCUAAGAGAACAUUCUUCUGAAGAUAUUUAA